AUGAUCAACAACCAGAACUCACAGGCCAUCAAUGACAUUAGAGGGACUCUCACUAGAGUAACCACCACUUUGAGUAACCAGGAGAAAGGAAAAUUUCCAGCUCAACCCCAACCUAAUCCACAAAGGCACAGUCAAUCAUCUCAGAAUACUGGUGAAGGAAGCAAUGUGAAAUCAGUGAAAGCUAUUACAACUUUGAGAAAUGGUAAGGUUUUGGGUGACCUUGCUCAUAGUGCAGGAAGUUCGGGUAAAAAUACUAACCCUCCUAUUGAUAGUGGUGGGUCAAGUACUUUAAAUUCAAAUAAUGAUGCAUGUCCCAUACCUGCACCAUUUCCACAACAUUUGCUUUCUUUGCAUAAGGAUAAACAGCAUGCUGAAAUCCUAGAAAUUUUUAAGCAAGUUAGAAUUAAUAUUCCACUUAUUGAUGCUAUAAAACAAAUUCCUGCUUAUGUUAAAUUUCUAAAGGAUUUAUGCACUGUGAAAUGCAAACUAAAUGAGCAAAAAAAAGGCUUCCUCAUUGAGCAAGUUAAUGCCAUUAUUCAAAAUCACAUACCACCUAAGUACAAGGAUCCUGGGUCACCUACUAUUUUAUGUGUCAUUGGAAACUCUAAGAUAGGGCAAGCCUUGCUAGACUUAGGUGUAGGGGUUAAUUUGCUACCUUAUAGUGUGUAUAAACAAUUGGGGCUAAGGGAAUUGAAAACCACAUCCAUUAUUUUGCAGCUUGCUGAUAGAUCCAUAAAAAUUCCUAAGGGUGAUUCAACUGAGAUGCAAUGGAAGCUCAAAUUUGAACCACUACUAGCAAUACAAACCCCAACACAACCAUCCAAUAAGAAGACACCAGUGCUAGAAUUGAAGCCACUGCCGUCGAAGCUGAAGUAUGCCUACCUUGGACCAGAGAACUCAUUCCCAGUGAUGAUUUCUACAUUGUUGACCCUUGACCAAGAAAGUAAGUUGUUGAGAAUUUUGACACAACACAAAUCAGCCAUUGGUUGGUCCAUUUCCGACAUUAAAGGUAUAAGUCCUCUCAUUUGUUCACAUAGGAUAUAUUUGGAAGAGGAUUCAAAACCCCUUAGAGAGAUGCAAAGGGGACUAAAGGAAGUGGUAAAAAAGGAAGUCUUGAAAUUGUUAGACAUAGGCAUCAUAUAUCCAAUUGCUGACAGUAAAUGGAUUAGUCAAAUACAAGUUGUUCCAAAAAAAUUUGGUAUAACUGUUGUAGAAAAUGAUAAUGGAGAAUUGUUAUCUGAAUUGGAUGAGCUGAGGAUGGAUGCUUACAACAAUUCUAAAUUGUCCAAGGAAAGAAUGAAGAACUUCCAUGAUAAACACAUUCAGCAGAUUCUGAAUCCUCACAAUUGUAAUGUUUUUAAGGUUAAUGGUCAAAGGCUCAAGCCUUUUAUUUCUAACUUUGCACCUGGGGAAUCUACUCUACAUUUGCUUGAUCCCACUUAG